GUCAACAGAUUGUGAUAACUGUACCAAAACAGCGAUUUGUUUAACUUAUUUUCUCGGAAAUUUAAUAAUAGUAAUCGGACAAAUUUGGGUUUCGAGAAAUUAGCUCAUCGUUCACGAAUAAAAAAAUUAACCACGUGCUUGUGCCGCAUCAACGCUUUCGUGCGACGAAAUGUUGUACUAAGACGCCGUGUAACUCCAGUAACUCCCUUUUUUCCUCCAGUCGCAACAAUUCAGAGAUGCAAGGUUAUGUGAAAUUUGUAAACAAACAGACAAGCAAACAGACCAAAAACAAAGUACGUUCAGACGCGCAAGCACAAAAAAUGUCACAAGAAACGGACGAACUUGUCAUCGGCUCUUUGGAGACCAUGUCCGACGACACCGCCGAAUGUGACUACGAGAUUCAUAAGGAAGAUUCUCAAUUCGACGAAAUCAUUGGUCACGUUGAAGACAUUUUUUUAGACGACGAUUUUCAAAAACUUAACCUCCAGUUUCUUGACAAAUAUUGGCAGGAAUUCGAACCCGGGGAGGAAAACAAGUUAAUUUAUAUGGACAUUUUUCAGAUAUACAACCAAGCCAUUGAAAAUUAUCUCAACAAACGUUUGCACGAGUCCAUACCCUCAUUUUCAAUGGAAUCCUUUAUGAAUCAGCUCAGAGAAAAAUCUCCCAACUUGGAUGGAGAGAUUUUUGAGAUUUUGUCCACAGUCACGGAUUUUUUGGCUUUCAAAGAAAUGAUUCUUGAUUACAGAGCUGUGAAGGAAGGAAUGGUCCAGGAUCUGAGUUCAGGAAUCACAGUAAAAUCGCUGAAUUAUUCGGACGGCAAAGCGGACAAAACUAGCGAUUGAAAAGGAGCAAGCACGAAUUCCGUAUUGAUUAAGCAAUUUUUCCAAAAAAAAACUGAUUCCGUCCAUAUGUAAAAAUAAUUUAAGAAAUAAAAGGCUGCAUUUUCACCUCGAGUA